UUUUGUGAAACUAUUAUCUUAUUUGAAUAAUUAAAGGAAUAAUAUAACGUAGGCUGCAAGAUCAUUAUUGACCUUUUAAAAAAGGAAUCUUUAAAGACAUGUCUUAGAACAGUCAUCCUUCCACCCACCUACAUCUAUCUAUCUAUCUAUCUAUCUAUCUAUCUAUCUAACCUAUCAAUCUAUCUAUUUGUGAUGGCUCCAUAUAAGUUUUCCAUGUUGCAUAAUGUCAUGCCUCCCUCAUGAUGUCAGCUGCAGGUUCAGAUGAAACACUCAUUGAGGCUGCAGUCAGUGAGAAAGUUGCAUGGGAGUAGGCCUGGUUAUGGACGGCUGCCCGGCUCCUCUAUUCGUCAUCGCGUUUCUUCCAGCGUCCUCCUGCGUAUGCAUGCAUGCGACCGACUGGCUGAUUUCAUGACGUGGGGAGGAAGAGGAGAGGAAUGGGGCUCUGAGAGCGGAUGAGCAGCAGACCCGGUACAGGCUCCGUGCACCAGACCCGGUACAGGCUCCGCGCAGCAGCAGCAGCGGUGUUCAGGCUCUCUCUGCUCCCGGGCCAUGCAGACGGUGCGCUAGAGGAGAUGCGUUAGUGGAGGCUGCUGCUGAUGCUGCUGGAGCUGCUGCCGCUGUCCGAUCAGCUCUUAUCUGCGUCUUGAGCAUCGUCGCCACAGCCACGGCCACAGAAAUCGAGACCAAGCUCCGGAGCCAGGGCCACCGCAGCGCGGAUCACCGCACAGGAGGAUGGAGUUCAAGCAUCUGGUGGAGGCGGCGGAGAAGUGGUGCUCCGGGAACCCGUUCGACCUCAUCUUCGCCGAGGAGGACGACGAGAGGCGGCUGGACUUUUACGCAGAGCCCGGCGUCUCCUUCUACGUGCUGUGUCCCGGCGGCACCGACAGCUUCCACGUGUGGAGCGAGAGCGAGGACUGCCUUCCCUUCCUGCAGCUGGCCCAGGACUACAUCUCCUCCUGCGGGAAGAAGACUCUACUGGAGGUGCUGGAGAAGGUCUUCACGUCCUUCAGGCCUCUCCUUGGCCUUCCAGACUUAGAAGACGACAGUUUUGAGCAUUACCAAACUGACAUGGAGGGGGAACCAGGGCCGGACCAACAGCAGAUGGGGGUCAGUCAGCAGUGAUGAGACCCAAAAAGGGGGCCCUGCAGCUGCGGGUAGAGCUGAUCACGAGCCCUGGGCCUCUUAUCCCAACACACACACACACACACAAACACGUAGUCAACUUGCUAAAAAUGCACCACCAUGUUCUUGAAUGUCUCAGUGGCUUUGCUUCCCAAAGAGUGCACACCAUAGCACUUUGUUGCCCCCUACUGAACACACACACACACACACACACACAAACAUAAACAUGCACACACACACACACACACAAACACACUGGCUACGUGAGCUGUAGCCAUGUACAAUGCAAGAAUCAUAAUCAUUCACCAUUCGGUUAGUUAAAGUUCCACAGCACAGCAAUAUCGGCCUCGGCCUUGGCUUUGUUAUGCAGAGACAGUAGUCAGAUACACACUUCCCCCUCGUGGCUCUGGAGAUGAAUGUGACAGAUAAUCUACUUUCUCUACCCGUGUAUUGUCACGGAGGGCUGCAUGCAGACGAAACAUACACAGGGGAAAACCAACGGUUCGCGGUAUUUGUUUGGGGCAAUGGGAGUGACGCUAGGAGGCGAGGAAGGAGGGACGUGUAGCGCAACAACAGAGGGGCAGAACUUUCCACUUCACGGAGGGAGAGACGGAGGGAGCGGAGGAGCGAGGGUGCAGAGCUGUUACGUGGUUUCAGGUGAAGCUGCUCUCAGAGGUUCCCGUUUCAAACUCACGGCUAAAAUAGUUUGCAGUAACAUAGGUCACACUUGGGUGGCGCGUCUCUUAGCGUGCCGAGCGUUAAAAGUCACCUCAUGGGGAUUUUUUGAAUCGGUGUUACUAUCUCAUCAUGACCGUCACAACGAAGGCUCAUGCUGGAGAUGAAACCCUCCCCUGGCUGGGUGUCUUGCUUUCACAUGACACCCUUAGUUCUGCUGUCCUGUCUUCUUCCUGGUUGCCUUUUGUGGUUCCCAGUUUUUCCCUCAUCCCUGAGCACAAUCUGACGAGACAAGCCCCGCCCACUUUCUCUUCUGUGUGUGUGUUGUUUUGAAUCGAUCUGCGCCUCUCGAGGUUCCUCCCGGCCGUUGAUUUUGACGAGUGCACACCCACAACCACCCCCCCGAAUGAUAUCUCAGGGGAAGGGAAAACAUUAGUGGUGCCCCCCCCCCCCUCCUGCCUGCCCUGUUCUUUCUAAACUGACAGUGUGUUGUUGUAUGUCCCAUCCAGUGCACUGCCACGCUUCAGGCCCCCUUCGCCCUCCACUGCUCCAUCCACACUGCAAGACUGUAUCAUAUUUAUCCCGGCUUGUAAAAGUUUUUGUCUUUUUAUUGCCUCUUUGAAUGUUUCUCAUACAGUGUAUCCUCUGUUUGG